AUGUCCAAUGGCUACCGCAUGUCGCUUUCCUACCCAAACCCAUCCUUGGGUCAAAUGGCAGUGAUGGAGAACAUGACAGAAGAAGACGCGCCUAUGGCGACGACUGUUAUCGGAUUGCGAAAGCACUCGGUGACUGGGCCUCGGCGAGUAGUUCUUGUCAUAUCUUUACUUAUGGGACUUCUCUUUUCAAGCCUCGACACCUCGAUCGUUUCAACAUCACUCGUCACUAUCUCGCACGACCUGAACGACUUCACCAACGCUCCAUGGAUUGUUCUAGCAUAUCUUCUAACGUAUAUGGGAUUCGCUGUUUGUGUGUCCAAACUGAGUGACAUUUACGGCCGGCGAAACAUGCUCGUGGUAUCAUGGGUCAUUUUUGUUGGUUUCUCUCAGGGCUGUGGAUCAGCUACAAGUAUGACAGCCUUGAUUACGUGUCGGGCUUUCCAGGGUAUGGGAGCAUCUGGAUUGUACAGCUUAACACAGAUCGGCCUGGUCGAAGUCGGACCUUCUCACAGCCCCAGUCUGAUAGGAGCCUUGAUCGGGGCUACACUCGCCGUUGCCUUCGUGCUCGGUCCUAUCAUCGGCGGUGCAGUCUCUCAGCUUUCAGACUGGAGAUGGCUAUUCAACAUGAAUAUCCCCUUCGGUCUGAUUGCUAUCCUCACAAUCACGAAUUUCUGGCCCCACGAAGAAGUGGCUCACUUCUUCUCAUGGAGAGCUUUUGUCAGUAUCGACUUUAUCGGCAGUGCGACUCUUCUUGCUAGCUCCGGGUUCCUUGUGUUUGCUAUUCAGCAAGCUGGCUCCGAGACAUUUGCCUGGGGAAGCCCAGAGAUUAUCUCGGCCUUGGCUGUAUCGGCUGUCAGCUGCUUUAUCUUCAUGUGGUGGGAAGUGUACUUGGAAACUAAGCCCCUGCGCAACAUCGAACCCAUCUUUCCCAUUCGGCUGAUGCUGCGCCGAGUUUACUCUGCUGGACUACUUGUCACUUUGUUCACAGGUUUCCCUUACAUCUCGCUCUCGAUCAUCAUUCCGGAGCGAUUUCAAAUCGUUAGUCGCGAGGAGGUGCUUAUGGCUGGUGUCCACAUCCUUCCUAUGCUAGGAGCUUGUGCUAUUGGGUCAUUCCUCGGGGGGGCUAUAUCCAGCCGACGUAACAACACUUCUUGGACACUUGUUGGUGCAUCGUGUCUGCAGCUUCUUGGGGUCGGACUCAUGUCCAUGUUGAACGAACCAGACUCGCACACUAAAGCACAAUACGCCUUCCAGGCCAUCUUCGGACUCGGGGUCGGUCUUUCUUUCUCAGCGGCGACCAUCAUGACGAGUAUCCUUGCAGCCGAACGUAGUGAGCUCGCCUCUGCACAGGGUGCUGUGGCACAGGCCCGUGUCUUGGGAGGUUGCAUCGGACUUUCGAGCUGCACUGUCAUUUUCAACUCUCACGUCAAUGAGUACCUCAAGGGUCAUCUGACACCGACGCAGCUCGAUAGUCUUCAUAGAUCUCCACUGACUAGCCUACAGCUUUCAGGGAACAUACAGGAGUUGGUGGAGGAUGUCUACGCUGGUGCAUUCGCUGAGGAAGUCCGAGUCAUGAUGCUCGUUUGCUCGGUCAUGGUGAUCAUAUCACUUUUUUCUCUAGAACGGAAUCCUGCACCACUGGAAAGAUUGACAGCCUUUCCUAAGGAUGACUUCUCUUCCAGAAGAGGCAGCGAAUCUGCUACGGAGAUGACUGACGUGUCAAUCAUUCGUCGCUCUGUCUGA